AUGGCGCCUGGGAGGCCUGCUCGGUCAAUAAAGAUACGUGUACCCCGACAUAAUGCACAGAAGAUCGGGGCGAAACUAAGUGGAGAAGUUCAGCAACAAGCUCGCAAACAAGCAAUUCGGGUAGACACAACUCAACCAAACAGCGAAUCAUCUGCCGCAAUUGCUCAGGCUGUUGUACGGAUGACACUCUAUAAUACUUCCAGCUCGCUGAAGCAGAGACAGGAAAGCGCGUCUGAAUGGAAUUCCUUGCUUAUAACAGCGAGGGCAGAGCGGGGUCCUCAGUGGGAUGUUGGCACCCAAGUCUUCCAUAUCGACCAAUACUCCGAACUAUACUAUGACUCAACACCGUUGUUUGACGCUGUCAAAAAGCAAAGCGAUGUCGAGCACGCCGAGGAGCGGAAACAGCAGCAACAAGCGCAAGAGCAACACGCGCAAGCCCAACAGGCGUAUCGGGAAAGAGAACAAGAGCGUGCGAGGGAAAGGGAAUUGCAACUGCAAAACGUGCAGCAAAUGGCAUUGCUUGACCAGCCUCCAUCACCUCCCCCUCCUCAACAAUACAACAAUGUUAAUCCUGGCGGGUAUGGCAGCUACCCUCCUCAGAAUAUCAGUCCGAUGCGAGGGCCAUAUGGCGGAGGGGCACCACCGUUUAACCCGGGGCCAGGCUAUUACAACAACGCCAUGGGCCAGUCACCAUCGAGAAUGGGAAUGCCAGCUAUGGACCCGAGAAUGGGAAUGGGUGGAGGUAUGGGUAUGGACUUUGGGCAUAUGGGAAUGCCAAUGGGAAUGAAUCGGGGUGGGAUGAUGGCUCCUCCAAGCCCACCUCGGCGACCACCCAGAACUGGGAGUGCUUACGACGAUGCUGCUUACAAUCCUGCGUUAGACCGAUAG